AUGCGUCAGGCGAAUGGGGAGCGUGUGCACAUGAUGGUCUUUUGUGACACCGUGAACGAGGUGAAGCUGCUGUGUGACCAGCUGCACGCAUACGGCUACAUGGCCUUGCCCUACUACACCGACCUGGAGGAGAAGGUGCAAAAGGACCAUGUGGCACGCGACGUCAUUGUGGCCACCAGCUGCCUCAGCACGGGUGUGGAUCUGCUCACCAUUCGCCACGUGCUGUGGUAUGGCAACGGCUACAACGUCUAUACGCUGGCCCAGGCAUUUGGUCGGGCUGGUCGCGAUAAACAGGGAGGAACUGCCGAGCUGUGGCUACCAGAACAGCACAGCGCCUGGAGCCAGCAAGAGCUGCACGCCAGCAGCGCGCUGCCCAAGCGUUAA